AUGGCCAUUUUUAACUCGCCUCGGUCUUUUCAACAUGUCAAUGCUCAAAUCCCGAUGGGUGUCAACCGCUCCUUCAUGGCAAGCGCCCAUGAGAGCCACCCGCCAUUCCUUCACCUAGUCCUGCUCGUUUUCGAAGCCGUGCUCGAAGUCGUCUGCGUCAGUCUUCCUGGUUACAUUGCCGCCCGCACGGGCAUGUUCGACGCCGAUGCGCAGAAGCUCGUGGCGAAUCUCAACGUGACCUUGUUCACUCCCUGUCUGAUCUUCACGAAAUUGGGUUCGCAGUUGACCGCCGAAAAACUCACCGAUUUGGCGAUCAUCCCCGUCAUCUUUAUCGUCCAGACCUGUGUAUCAUACUUCUGUUCCUUCGUUGUAACAAGAUGCUGCCGCUUCAAGAAGCGCCAGUCCAAUUUCGUGGCUGCCAUGGCGGUCUUCGGCAACUCGAACUCCCUCCCCAUUUCCCUCGUUGUAUCCCUCUCGCAAACCCUCAAGGGUCUUCACUGGGACAGGAUUCCCAAUGAUAAUGACGACGAAGUUGCCGCGCGCGGAAUUCUAUACCUGCUCAUCUUCCAGCAGCUGGGCCAGCUCGUCCGCUGGAGCUGGGGAUACCAUGUCCUCCUCGCGCCCAAGGCCCGAUCCCUGGAAGAGGCCGAGCGCGACGAGACUGGCCAGUCUAUAAUUGACCAGGGCCAAGCUCGGUAUACCGACAACCCCGACCAGACCGACCCCGACGAACCUCUGGUCCGUACGCGCAGCUCCGACGACCUCCACCGCGCGCAUCACACACACAGUGAUCGCUUCCACUCUGGCGACCAAACCCCCGUCUCCACGCGCGCAUACUCCUACUCCAAGAUCUCCACCGCGUCGGAGUACCCGGAAUCCGACGAUACCCCAUCGGUGAUUGGACCCCCUCCCACCGGCCCCUUCCUGGCGCGCCAAAGCACCCAAGGCGAGAUUCUUCAGUUCCCGGACGUGGAAAACACCGCCCGGGAAGUCCAAGAAGCAGAGCAAACCCGCUUCCAGCGCUACAAAGCAUCUGUUCGCAAAUCGCUGGACCGCCUCAGCCGCUGGCGCGAAAAGAGAGUCAAGGCCCUGCAUGCGCGUCUCCCCACCAAGGUUCAAAAGGGCCUUGCCUCGGUCACAGGCGCUAUGCGCCGCUUCUGCAAUGGUCUGUGGGACUUCAUGAACCCACCUCUGUGGGCCAUGCUCGUGUCAAUUGUGAUUGCCUCCGUUCCGGACUUCCAGCGCUUGUUCUUCGACGAGGGUACUUUUGUCCGCAACUCCGUCACCCGUGCAAUUGAUCAGAAUGGACAAGUUGCCGUCCCGCUGAUUCUGGUGGUGUUGGGUGCUAACCUUGCUCGCAACACGAUUCCCAAGGAAGCGUUGGUCGAUAUCGAGCAUCCCAACGAGGAGCGCAAGCUGAUUAUCGCCUCGCUGGUUGCGCGUAUGCUGCUUCCCACUAUCAUUAUGGCUCCGUUGCUGGCUCUCAUGGCCAAGUACGUGCCUAUCAGUAUUCUGGACGACCCGAUCUUCGUGAUCGUCUGCUUCUUGCUUACGGGCGCGCCAUCGGCUUUGCAGCUGGCGCAGAUCUGUCAGAUCAAUAACGUCUUUGUGGGCGCUAUGUCCAAGCUCCUGUUCCAGAGUUAUGUUGUUUGGAUCCUGCCCUCCACUCUUGUGCUUGUCAUGUGCGCCUUGGAGGUCGUCGAGUGGGCUGCCGCCUCUUCAUAA